AUGAGCCGAAAGAAGGCAUUUCUCAAUGCAGAAGACUUUCAGGAAGCCGGCGGUUUUCUCGCGGUGGCAUAUCUCAAGAAUCGCGAUAGCACGGGCGACAUCGAUUAUCUGAUUGACCCUGAAUUCGCGAAAGAUAAGGAGAUUCAAGAUGCUCUCCAACGCGCUAUCGAUGCAGUCUCCGACAAACUCAAUUAUGAAGAGGAAUGGAUAAACGAACGCACGACCAUUUUCGUGAAAACCUGGAGAUUCUGGCAGCCCCCCCUCGAGUGGGCUCUGGAGCGAAAGCUGCGGAGAAUUUAUUCCGGAGACCGCGGCCGGAAAGCAGACCUCGAUAUAACAGAUGCAGUUGCGCUUCUGGAGAGCCUAAGAGAGCGCAGCGGUGCGCCUCUUGACAUGGAAUCGAUUCGCAGAAUGAAUUGGAAUGGGUUUGAUGUACUUCCAGAUGUCAAGACCAUGGAGAUGGUCGCGGCGAAGUAUCGUGCGAAGUACAACAGGGAAAUAUUCAAAUGA